AUGUCGACGAAGAAGAGAAUGGAGCCUCCGGACUUCGACAAUGAUGAAUAUGUCGCCCAGCUUCUCGCAAAGGAUGCACGAGACAGUUCCGUGCGGUAUUCUACAUUAGGCUUGGAUGCUUUAAUCCCGAACAAGAGGCCUUCCUCAGGCGUUCCGAAACCUAAUACCCGGUUUUUGAAGAAUAUCCUACGCGAAACGGAUAGUCACAAUGCGAGUCUGAAAAGGAAGGAGGAAGAGGAGGCACGAGAGAGAAUGAGAGCGCUGCCCCAUGGAUGUGGGCGAUUAUCCGGCUCGAAACCGGAUCGUAGCCUAUAUGAUGUGAGGGCGGCAAAACGACGGAGGGUGGAGGGAACCUCUGACCUCAAAUACGAGCGCGGGAGAAACUUUGGACGACACAGAAGAGGUAAAUAUGAGAGCAGGGGUGCUUCUUGUGACCAAGAGAGGGAGAGGGAGAGGGACCAGAGAAGACGGGAAAAGAGAUACGGCAAUGAGGAAAUCGAUGAGGAGCCAGCAAGAUAUCGGUCGUCGAGAUCCAAACACAAAAAGGAAGAUGAUCGAUCCUAUCACCACAGUCAACGACGUGCAGAAUAUACGAGGUCCUCAGAAAAGAAAAGAUGCAGUGAUGAUGACCGAAAACGUCUACAUCAUCGGAGACGUCACCGUCACUCUGAUUCUUCAUCCCCAUCGCGAACUAGACGCCGCUCCCCGGAAUGCUCCAGUCGCCGGGAAGGGAGAACAGAGGAUCCCAAGUUACAUAAUGGAAAACGUCUCUCCAGCAAGCACUGUGCAUCUGCUACGUUACUAGACGACAGAGCUGUGGAUAGGGAAAUUUCAUCCCGUCAAACUUCAACAACCCUUCGUGGAACUCCAAAGCCGCAAUCCCACAACCUUGAUUCCCUUCCUCCCUCAGAUUCAGAUUCAGAUUCAGAUCCGCUGGAAAGCCUUAUUGGCCCACUACCCCCCUGUGAAACCAACGACACCCCGCCCCUCCGGUCCCGUGGCAGAGGUACUUAUAGCACAAACAAAAGCAACAUUGACGCGCACUUCGCAUCCGGGUACGAUCCGACUCUCGACGUGCACCUGGAUGACGACAAUGACGAUGGGCCGCAUGCCUCCAACUCCACUAGACCAAGGCCUGUAGCCAGUUUAACUACCAAAGAAGAUGACGAAUGGGACAUGGCGCUCGAGGCGCUGCGGGAUCGUGCGUUGUGGAGGCGGAAGGGUGCAGAUCGGCUUCGCGAAGCUGGGUUUGAUGCGGGGUUUAUUAAUAAAUGGGCUGGCAAUGGGGCAUUUGCGGGGUUGGAUGGUGGCGGCGGUCACAAAGAUACACGUAGGGAUGAGGAUAAGGACGUGGGGGAUGUGAGGUGGGCGAAGAAAGGGGAGAAGCGGGAAUGGGACCGUGGCAAAGUUUUGACGGAUGAUGGGCAUGUUGAUGUGAGACCUGAAUGGUAG